CGGCAUAACAAAAGUGAGGAAUUGCUGGCUUGACGCAGUAGGCUUUUAUUUCUUACUUGACAGGUAUCGUAUCUGGAUCGUCGCCAAUAUGCUGGGGGUUGUCUUAACAUUGUUCGGCAUCCUUGCUGCUUGGCUUGCAUGGAGCACAUACAGCCGCCGCACUUACUAUGCCAAGCUUGGGUUGAAGGGUCCGCCGCCUCUGCCCAUAUUUGGAAACAUGUUUCACUUCAGAGAUGGUGUGCACAUUGCUAUCCAGAAAUGGACAAAGGAGUACGGAAGAGUCUUUGGCAUUUUUCGUGGAAGCAAGAAAGCAAUAAUCACGAGUGAUUUGGAGUUUGUCAAGGAGGUAAUGGUGAAGAAGUUCUCAAACUUUACCGAUCGAGAGCAAUUUCCACUUCGUCCCAAAGUCAUGAAUGAAGAUCUUCUUGGUCUACAAGGUGCCAGAUGGAAGCAUAUGAGAGAGGCAGUUGCGCUUGCCUUCUCGAAGUCCAAAGUACAGCAGAUGGUGUCAAUGGUUAAUGAUUGCACCGACGCCACGUUGAAGGAUAUCGAAAGCGAGAACGAGACCAAAAACGACGAGACGAAGAAAGUUUCCCUCGACAUCAACUCUUACAUGGCAAGGUUUGGAAUGGACGUCAGUUCACUCUGUUUCUUCGCUUCCAAGCUGGGCUCACAAGAGGAAAGGUCAAUACUCAUGCACCAUUCCCGGGAAAUGUGGAAACAUUUUAAGACUGCCUACCCGCCGUGGAUUAUCACAAUGCUCUUUCCAUGGCUGGAAUCCGUCUUUCUAUACUUUGGAUGUGCCGUUCACCCGCAUGAGUCAAUCAACUUCUUUGGUGAUCUCGUCAAUGGCAUUAUGGACGUGAGAAAGAUCGAGAAAAACUCAACGAAAUACAAAGAUUUCCUGCAACUCAUGGUGAACUCCCACAAGGAUCCUGAAGCAGAAAACAAGUCGAAUGGCCACCUGAUUCAACGAGCUUCCCUGACAAAAACCGAGAUCUUCUCAAUGUGCAUGAGUUUCUUCACAGGCAACCUUGAGACCAGUCCGGCUACAUUAUCCUACUGCUUCUACCUUCUCGCCCUUCAUCCAGAAAUCCAAGAGCGAGUCAUUCAAGAAAUCGAUGAGGUCAUGAACUCGUCAGAUAUCACCCUUGAGAAAACCAGUCAGUUGGUCUACACUGACAUGGUGAUCCGUGAGACCCUUCGAUUGUACCCGACAGUUGCUUCGCUCAACCGUAUCUGCAAGGAGGACUGUGUAAUCCAGGGAGUUACAGUUCCAAAGGGAGUCACAGUUGAGAUUGCUGUUCAUGCGAUCCAGAACGAUCCGGAAUAUUGGCCGGAUCCAGAGAAAUUCGACCCCGAGAGGUUCGCUCCGGAGAAGAGGGACCAAAUCCACCCCUCUGCCUGGCUUGCUUUUGGCCAGGGACCCCGGAUGUGCAUCGGGUACCGGUUCGCCAUGAUGGAAAUAUUCGUUGUCCUCACACGUGUAUUUCAAAUUUACCGCGUGGAGGUAUCCGGACAAACUGAGAUUCCACCGAAGCGAGGAACUCGUGGUCUCCUGACACCUGAGAACGGCAUCAACAUCCGCCUCGUUCCCAGGAAAGAUGUGACAGUCAAUUAAAUAUCAAACCCUCAUUUCAGCUGACGGUAUAUCAGACCACA